AUGGUGUUGCAUGAAAAGUCAGUGAAUCACCAAAGUUAUUAUCCUCUAGGACCCUGAAAGAUUGUAUAAAGGCAUUUUUCAGUCUGCACAUAAACAACAAGGAAUUUGAUGGGUUUUUAAAAUUAGUUCUACAAGUAUGAAAUCAUUUCAGCUCAGCUUUAUGUUCUUAGUGUUUUAUUACACCUUGUUUGUAGCUCCUUGGUGUCUUUGUGUUGACUAUGUCUCUCUGUCUGCCUGCCUGCGUGUCUGUGUGUGUCUGUGUGUGUGUGUGUGUGUGUGUGUGUGUUGAUUCAUGGAGAGAAGGGAGUGGAGGGGAAGGGUGUGACUCUGACACACACUGUAUCAUACCGUCCAGGUGAGGCAGGGUUUAUAAAGCAGCAGCUUGGCAGCAACGCGCAGUUUAAUACAGCAAAUAACAGAGCUGAUAGAAUACAGACUGCCAGACUGUUUCAUAGGAGGGACGCAACAUGAGAAUACUUUUACUUCUAGCUGCCAUAGCUGCAGUAUCACAGGCCCAGACUGACUGCUCUCGGGGGGCUUGUUACCCACCCAGCAAUGACCUGCUGUUGGGCAGAGCUCAUCAGCUCCAUGCCUCCUCAACCUGCGGCCUCACAGGCUCCGAGGUCUACUGCACCCCGUACCAACAGAGUAGGAUGAAGUGUUGUCCAUGUGACUCCAGGAACCCAAACAGUCAGCUGGCCCACACUGUGCGGGACGCCCUGUCCACCUCUGGACCAGAUAGAUGGUGGCAGUCCAGGAAAGAGGUGAACCCAGUCUCUCUCCAGUUGGACAUGGACAACCUGUUCCAGCUUGACAACCUGGUGCUCAGCUUCAAGGGUCCUCGUCCUAGUGCCUUUGUCAUAGAGAGGACUCUGGAUAAUGGCCGGUCGUGGCAGCCCGCCCUCUACUUGGCUACUGACUGUCAAAGAACUUUUCCUGGCAUCUCCACAACAACACCGCUAACCCUGGAUGACACAUACUGCUACACACUGCCCCCUACUGGAGCAGACCCCUACCAAGAUCACAUAAUCCAAUUCAGUCCUCUGCGUCAGUAUGCUUAUGUCCCAGCUACCAAAAGCCAAAAAAUAGAGGAUGCGUCUGCGUUAACGGGGCUGAGGGUGAGGUUCACCGAACUGGGAGAUGUGCCACGUCCUCCAGGCAGAGCUCUCAGUAGGUUUUACGCCCUGAAGGAGAUGAGGGUGAUGGGCAGCUGUAUGUGCCACGGACACGCCAACCGAUGCCUGCCCGACACCAACAACAACCUGCCGUCAGACAGCAUACAGGUUCACCCUCAGUGUGACUGCCAGCACAACACAGCAGGUGUGAACUGUGAGCGCUGUGCUGACCUCUUCGUGGAUCUGCCCUGGAGACCUGCGGAGGAGGGCAACACCCAUACCUGCAAACGCUGUGAGUGUAACAACCAUGCCCAGCGCUGCCGUUUUGACCAGGCGGUGUAUGAGGCCAGUGGGCGGAUGAGUGGAGGUGUGUGUGAGGGCUGCAUGGACCACACCACAGGGCCAAAGUGUGACAAGUGUGCCCCGGGCUACCAGCCAAACCCCCGCAGCCAAAUGGGCCGCCCCGACGCCUGCAUACGCUGUGUCUGCAGCGCUGAGGGGACGGUGAAUGGGGGCCGGUGUGACGAUAGCACAGGCUCCUGUCUGUGUAAAGUGAAUGUUGAAGGUCCCCGCUGUGACCGCUGUAAGAGAGGCUACUACGACCUGAGCCCCUCCAACCCUCUGGGCUGCUCCAAGUGCUCCUGUUCUCCAGACGGGUCCCUGUCAAAUAUUUGUGACCCAAUUACCGGCCAGUGUCCCUGUCGCUCCCACUUCCACGGCAUGAACUGUGAAGUGUGUUCAAAAGGCUACUGGAAACCAUCCUUGUCAGGACGCUGCCAACCCUGCGGCUGUGACCCCACCAGGUCAUACAGUGAUACCUGUGACCAGGUGACAGGUCAGUGUCAGUGCAGACCAGGCUUUGGAGGCCUGACAUGUACCGAGUGUCCAGAGAACGCAUACGGAGACCCUCUCAUAGGCUGCCGAUCGUGCCGCUGUGAUGCUGAAGGAACACUUCCAGAAGUUUGUGACAAGCAGACAGGAGCCUGUUUGUGUCAGCCCGGAGUCACUGGAACUCGCUGUGACUCCUGCAAUCGAGGACACUGUGACUCCUUCCCUGGCUGCGAGACAUGUCCCUCCUGCUUCUUCACCCUGGACGCCCAAAGACAGAACCUCAGCUUCGCUCUGGAGAGACUGUCCCUCAGAUUACCUUCUCGUCCUGUAGGUGAUGGGGAUCUUGGGAACUUCGGACCUCGCAUCCGCGUCCUGGAGACCAGCCUGACCCUGAUCCAGAACUCCAUCUCCCUUCCACCCAGUGCUGCUAUACAGAUCAAUGAUGCUCUGUCCCAACUGGACAAGCUGAGGGACCAGGUGGACAAGAUUAACAAUGACCUUUCACCCCUGGAGAAAGCUCCUGGUCUGGACUCAGAGCUGGACAGACUGCAGGCUCUGCUAGACCGCCUUACUCUGGACUACAAAGCCAAGAAUGAUGCAAAAGACAACUCUGUCAGUCAAAACAAUUCAGGAUCGUUAUCUGCCAUCAAGAACGCCUACGAUGAGUCCACAGAUGCAGCUAAGAAAGUGGAUGCCAGCGGAAAGCCGCUGAAGGAGUCAGCUGAUAUUAGAGAAGAUACUAUGGACCUCCAAAACAAAGUACAGCCAGGCAACACCAGAGACCUGGACAAACUGAACCAGAGCAUGGCCUCCCGACCCAAUCUCACUCCUGUUGCCAAACAGGUCUGUGGCAGUGUUCGCUUAGAGCCCUGCACCCCUCUGCAGUGUGCGGGCGGAGAUCUGUGUCCACCGGACGGAAGCCCACCUUGUGAGAAGGGUGAGGUGUGUGUGGGCGCCAUGCCUCUGAGCAAGAGGGCUGACGCUGAUGCCAAGGAUGUGAAAGACCGACUGGACAAGCUCACAGGGAAGAUCACAGAUGCUGUGGAGAAGCUCCAGCAAACACAGGAGACAACCAACCAGGUGAGACAGUCUACAGAGAAGCUGUCCAAUAAGAUGAAGCAGGCCAGAGACGAGCUAGAAGACGACUUGAAAGAGACGCGUGACGUUGUGAAGGAGCUCAAAGAUUUCCUAUCAGACCCGUCCUCCAACCUGACCCAUAUCCAGGAGGUGAGCGACUGGAUUCUGAAAGCCAAACUGCCUCUCAGCCUGGCAGCUCUGAAGAGGAAGCUGGAGGAGCUGAAGAAUCUGGCGGCAAGUCUACCAGAUAGCACAUCUGUGUUGAAGGAGGCCGAGCCACAGCUGGACACAGCCAGGAAACAGCUGCAGGAGGCCCAAGACGCGAGGGAUACAGCACUGGGAGUAAAAGCUGAUGUGAACGGGUUGCUGGCAGGCUUCAACUCAGUGGAGGGCUCCCUCUCUGACCUGGAGGACAAAUUGCAGAACAGCAUGGAUCUCAUAGACAACUUGAACAACAACCUGACUGAGGCCAAAAACCAGCUGAGCCCAGCUGAGAAGGCUCUGGAUGAUGCAUCAAAACUGAUAAAGCCAAUGAAGCCUCAGCUGGACGAGCUCAAAGACCUGCUGCAGGAUGGAGGCCUGUUGGCUCAGGAUGCUCAGGAUAAUGCAGACAAUGCUGAUGAUGAAGCAGCUGCUGCAAAUAAGGACCUGUUGUCUUUGGAGAAGCAACUGGAUCGUCUUAAAGACGAGGCUCCAGCCAGUGGGUCAGGUGGAGGGGCGGCGCCAUUGGGGGAUCGACUGGCAAAGCUGCAGAAGGAUGCUGGAGCUCUGGCCAACACCACUGACAACAUGAUGAAUGCUCUGGAAGGUAAAGCAGAUUCCCUCCGGGGGCUGAAGGACGAGUUUGAAACAAAGUCUGCAAUGCUAAAAGGACUUGAGGAUGAGCUUAGAGGAUAUUUGAAAACACUUCGAAGCAAAGCCAACGACCUCAGCACCUGUCAAGGUUGAAAGUCCCCGAGCCGCUGUCUCCGAGCAGAGCAGCGUCUACUAUUGCUGUCACUGCAACACUUCAUACCAGUCUCCCACACCAUUCACUCCUUCUACUGGAAGAAAAACUCUACUCACUUUACUAAAGAGGGAAUUCUGUCCUCUUCUCUAGCAGUUGUCAAAGAAUUGUGGGAGAUGUAGGAAGUUAUAAUGUGGGGUUGAAGAGGGAGGGGUUCAGAGUGGAACUACUCUCAGCCCAGUCUCCAGGAAAAAAAGUUGGCAUUGUACGUUUCUGCAAAUACAUUGAAUGUUAAUGUUUGUUUUUGCAUUUCGUCAGAGCAAGUGACAUAGCAUAUCGAGCGACUGUCAUUGACAACUAUCAAUGACAUAUUAUACCACGUAACUACGUGGUAUAAUAUAUAGAACAUAACAAGCGAGAAAGUCUGUUAAGGGUGCGUGGGAUGAACAAACACAGGACUUUCACCAAGGUGAUCGAUGUUUGUGUCAUGUGUGAAACCAAAAGUAAAACCUUGACUUUACGCUUGUAAUGUAAUGUAGGAAAGUCCGAUAAAGGCAGUUGUUUUUUAUGUACGCUAGUUACAAUAAUACGUAACAUUACAUUAUUAGUUUAACACAAACCAUGAUAUUUUUUGUAGCCUUAACCAAGUAGUUUUGUUUCCUAAACCUAACCAACAUUUCACAAUGUUAACCAGGUGGCAUUGUGCGUUUCUGCAAGCGCGAUACAGUGCUGACAUGAAACCUAUUUCUAAAACCUAUUUUUGGUUCAGAAACGUACAAUUCCAACAUCUUUUUUGGUGACUGGGUUGUUUCUCAUUGUCAUAAAAUAACUCCUGGAAUAUAUUGAAAGUUAAAGGGGGGGGGGCUUCUGUAGGUUACAUUUACAAUCCGAAAUCCACAAUGUGUGUAAAUACCUUUUGAAUGUACCAAUAUAUACAUAUAUGUAGAUAUAUACACAUUCAUACAUACAUAUAUACAUACAUUCAUAUAUACAGUAUAUAUGAUAUAAUAUCAUCAAUAUUUGACAAGUGACAUAGUGAUUUUGUCAAUAUAAGCAUUAUAGAAAAAGACCACAGCUUCUGAAUUUCUGACAGCAAAGAGACAACACAAACUUUUAUUUGUCAGCAGCAAUACACUCCACUGCACCACAAUUAUUGUAUUUUUCACAGCUGAAAAUGGUUGAAUUAAAAAAGUUACAUUAUUUAUUUUCUGUUUUUUAUCCGUUGUUUGUGCAGGAUCCACAGUAUUGAAAUAAAAGCCUGUUAAUACUU